UUAACCAAUUAAUAAGAAAUAAAAAUAGUCUAGCAAUUCGCUUAGCGCAAUAAUUGUUCAUUUUAAUAUGGUUUAAAAAAAGAAGAACUUGGCUUUUAAAAAAUAUGCGCAUGCGCAGGUCCUAUCCGGAAGUGCCUGCAAAAAACGUGUCAGGAUGAAGGGUUUAUUUUGCUACUGAAUAUUUGUACUUUUUAUUGUAUUUUUUUUUACAUAUACAAAGCUGAUCAAUCAGAAUGCCAGGCUUUGAGUUGGAGCAGGUUGACGGAGAAGGAGCGCCCAUUGACCUUCCACACGGAGACACUGUCCUAGGGAGAGGACCAUUUCUGGGCGUGAGCGAUAAACGAGUGUCCAGGAACCAUGGGAUUCUGGAGAAUGUGGACGGACAGCUGCGCCUCAAACCCACGCACGUGAACCCCUGUUUCGUCCAGACGUCUGUGGAAGCGUCCCCGCAGCCUCUGGAGAAGGACCAGUGGCACCUGCUGGAGGACGGCUCCGUCUUCUCCCUGCUCCCGGGGAAAUACGUGUACAGAGUGCGUGUUGUGACAGAGGGAGGGACACCCAGGAACAGCCAGGGUUUCGAGGAAGAGGAGAUGGAGGCGGUGUCGGAGACGGAGCAGAACUCUAAAUCCUCACGAUCGUGCGAGGAGACACUCGCGUACACACCUCAGGCCAAGAACUGUCCGGCUUUCAGCUACGAGACGACGUCGAGAGACGAGCCCCAAUCUGCCGAGUGUGAACAGGUCAGUGGUGAUUCCCGCUCGUCUUGUAAAUCGGACACUCCUGAUCCUCUGACUCCUCGUAAAACCCGAGUUCUUCCUGCUUGGAUGAUGGCCGCCGCUCCUGCAGCCCUGAACACAUCACCAGCGAAAGCAUCAGCGAAACGAGCUCCAGCACGCACAGCCGCCCGAAACACGCCUUCAUCCAAACCCUCAGCAGGACCCAAACGACCCCGAGCGAGGCUGCCUUCAUCCUCAGGAGACGAGGAAGAGGAGAAAGGGGUUAAAGAGGAUGAGGAUGAGGAGCAAGGAUGCAGCAAAGCCCCCAGGAAGAGAGCAAGGAGGCUGAAAAGUGACACGGAGGAGAGCCAGGACCAGACUCCGGUGUCGAAGUCCAGCCCAGAGAGUCCACACGAGGACGAGGACACCACCGCAGCCAAAGCAGCUUGGAAAACAGACAAACAGGAGAAGAAGAAAGAAAGUAAAGUAAAGAAAGCUGACAGCAGUCAGAGGUCCAGAGCAGGAGGAUCGACCUUAAAGCCGGAAAGCUCCGGAAACUCGCGGACAGACGUGCAGCAGGAGGCUAAAGUUCAGCGCAGGACGCCGUGUCCCUAUGGCACCUCCUGUUACAGGAAAAACCCCAUCCAUUUUCAGGAGUGCAGUCACCCCGGAGACGACGACUACGAGGAAGAGCAAAACAACGCGGACGACGAAGACGACGACCGCCCGGAGUGUCCGUACGGCACCGACUGCUACAGGAAGAAUCCACUCCACAAAAAAGAGUACAAGCACACGAAACCUCCAGUUUACGACGACGACAGAGAUGAAGACGAAGACCGAUACGAGAACAGCUUCAUUAACGACGAAAGCGAGGACGAGGACGUGGACGAAGACUCAGAUUACGUUCCCGAGUCGGAGGACAGCGAGAAGGAGGACGUUAAACGGCUGCAGAAGGAAGCCAAAGCCUUUCUAAAGAGGAAGAAAUAACCAGAGAUCUUCUGCUCAGGUGAAUUCCAGGCUGAUCGAAUCAAAUGGGUGUGAAGAUGCUGACUGUCUGAGUUGGGGUGGAGGUGUGGGGUCAGCAGAAAGGAACGUGAAGGUCAUCUGUGACGUCAGCAUCACAACAGCUGAAUGUAUUGUCCAAAGAGCUUCCAGAUUUCCAGCACUACUACGUUUUCCAGACGCCUCGCAGCAUGGAUAUUUGGGCUUCAGGUCAGUCUGUGCAGCGUCCUGCCUCUGGAACGACUCAAACCCAGGGAUAAGUUUCAUCUGCACUUCACAUGUCUGUUGAUUAGAAUGUGUUUUUAACUUGUUUACACUAGUCUUUUACUACAGUUAGAAGAGAUCUGUGGCCUUAAAGUUCAUAAUCUCAGAAGGAGAAUGUAGUUGUGUAACACUUUCGUUCAGAGUUAUUUCUCCAGUACUUGUUGUAAAAAGGUUUAUUUUGUUUUGUUUUUAAUCGAAUGUUCUUACUUCAUGCUCUUUUAAUAAACUUUCAUUCCAAGAAUGUU